AUGAAUAUUUCUUACACAUACCCAAGGCCCUCUACAAUUUCGACAGACAUGAGACUUUCUCGCGAUGAACUACUCAAUAAAAAUCUCGAAAUGAGCAGAAGUCCAGUAUUAGCCUCGCCCAAGGAAACUUCCCUGCCAUAUAAGAAGACUUUCAACAGUAACAACAGCACACCUGAAUCCUUGACAAUCCCAUUGAGUGAUCCUAUAGACGAUAUUUUUCAUGAAAGCAAGCAUAUAAUCGAUGCUUAUGUUAUUUCAUUACCCUACAUGGACGAUGAACUGAAAGCCGAUGUCAUUGAUCCAAAUGCCCAAGUGAAAGUAGCACCUAAGCUUUUACCAUUUGAAAAGCAUGCUUUACAGCCUCUCGCUGAAAGACAAUUUAACAACUUACAAAAUGCAUUUAAUCCUCACAAUGGGCUCAAAACACCUCGGAAGGAAACAGAAACACUCUUGCCACAAUCAUCUGUCAAAAAGCCUAGAUCAGACAUUCAACAAUCAACACCAGUGCCAAAUGAAAGGCAAGAGUUUUUGAAUAAGGACAUUACCACUCUCAAAAAGCUUGAAACGGAAGAGGCCGACUCAUCUUUUGAUCCUUUAGCCUGUCACGCGGGCAACAUCAUGCGUAUGGCUAUGGAUUCUACCAUGUUGGGGUCGUUUUGUAACCAUAGUUUUUCCUCUACAUUCUCGAAUCUAGCAGAUGAUUCGGCACUUGAAAGGAAUGCAUUAGAUGAUGAGUACGAUCCAGACCGGAGUAUUCUAGAACGGCUAAGAGCAUGGCCGAAGUCUACGCUCAACAAAAAGCGGGCCACAAAAAUUGACAUCAGUGCAGAAGAACUCCGGAGUGCGAUCAACGAACCCAUUCGCUAA